AUGUUUCGUGAAUCUGCAUUUAAGAUCGCUACUCCGAACUUCCUGUUUCGAAACGAUCAACAUUCAACUAAAUUUCCAGAUCGGACCCUAAGUUUUAGGAAAUUUCCUGUUGUCUUUCGGCCUCGAAUAUUCCCAAAAAAUAAUGACUCAGAAAAUACAUUUCGGACGAGAAUGUCGCAGGGAGGUGACCUGGGAACUGCGGAAGUGAUCUGUGCAACCUAUGAUCUGCGGAAAGUUAUCGCAAGAGGAGUUUUCGGGGACGGCCCCAGUCAAGGUUAUUUAGUAGCGACUCGGGGACCCAAAUCUUGUCAUUUCCUGGUCUUCUUAUUAUGCAACGUGUUGCCAUUCAGAAUUUUUUUGGCAUGUGCAAUUUUUACCAUAAUACUACAAAGAGGAAUUGCCAAGGUAGCAUUCUUAACAGUUCGCUCACUUGAGGCUUGA